GGAACCGGAGAGCGAAACGCAUGCGCCACCGUGAACCACCGAGAUUGAGAACUCGGCCACCGAGAGAGGAAGAGCGAAUAUCUCGGGUGGUAAACCACCAGCAGCCGUGUAUAAACGACCUUGCUACGUCCUUCUCUUGACACUUGGAUACUGGCGCUGCUGCAGGAAAAGAAAAUUUCUUCGCUGAACGGUGGCCGAAUCGGAAGCGUUCGAUUUGCUGGGCUCCGAGUUCUGGAAAGGAUCACUUCAUCUGGCUUCGGCGGUGAUUGUAGUUCGAGGCAAACUGUUCGGAAUAGCCGUGACAAGCAAAAGAUCUUGAUGGACUGUGUAGUUAGUGGCCAUUAUCUGUAGAUUUCUGCCAAAAUUCGCAGGUACCACUCAUCGGUUGUGUGUUGUGUUUUGCAACGGUGAUAGCAGUGAUGCCCGAGUGUUAUCAAGCCACUUCGGUUAUAUGAAAUAAGGUGUUUUGUUUUGACAACUUUAGGGUGCGUUCAGACCCAGCGUGUGUACUUGAGCCAAUUGAGACAAAUUUGAAGGGCCGCGCGGUUUUUUUUUUCUUUAAUCCCAUUAAAACGACGAACGAUCUGCGUUAACAUCUUCAAAUUUCUCUCAAUCUCGCACAGAUUCAACCUGGCGAAAAGGGGAAUAAAUAUUCGAUGUGAAACAAACCAUUCGAACACAACCAGUGAGAGAGCACCCAAUCAUACAGCAGGUUGCGUCCUCUUGAUAUAAAGUGAGUGAAGAAAUAGUGAGGAAUAAUAAUGUUGGGAAUUGAUUGCAUAAAUCGAUGAUCUGCCAACGGAAAUAGAAAGAAAUUUUCCAGACAGAAAUCGAAUUUCCCCGAGAAAACACAUAGGCCAUAAGUGGGAGGUUAUUUUUAAAAUAGAACCAAACAGCGCAAAUAUCAAAAAAAAAAAAAAUCGAACGAGCGUCAUAUUUUGGCACAAGUGAUUCCAUCAGCAACAUUAAAAUAAUUCGAAGCAACGAUACGCGUCCUCACCAAAGGUCCAGUCCAGUUAUGAAGAAAUAAGCAAUUUUAUUUUUUUAAUCCAACUCAAACUGUUUAUGUUCAUUGUUGUUGUUGUUUUCAACGUUAUCUGUGCGGUGUUGAUAUGAACCCUUUGUGCCUCCUCAAGUAAAGUGAGAAAGUUCCUGAUGAACGACUGCGACGAGUUCAAAGCCAAAGCAUUCGAUUCAGCCGAGCCAACACUGCCCUGAAAAAGCACGCUAGGAUAUUACCACCCCACUCACGGAGUCGUCACUGUCAAAGUUUGGUGGUUGGGUGUUCAACAUCAUCAUCACAUUGACUGCGAUUCUGAUCGGGUUAUUCAUUGAACUGCGAUUCCAUGACGCCCGGUUCUUGCUCUUCUAGUGAAACUGUCUAGCUUCCAUGAAUACUUCGGGCGAUCCGUCGGCAGCCGGUGGAGGACCUGAUAACAGACCGUGCGGCAUUACAUCACUGCUACCGAUCGGCAUGUCGUGCCGCGGUCGUGCCGAAGCAUUCGCCCGUAGCCUCCAGUCCCGUUUGCGAACGCUCGGCGCACAGGGAAAUGCCGACGAGGAAGUCCAAAUCAACGAACCGGUCGAUAACACAUGGCUCUCACAGGACGAGGCGGCGGUAACCAGAUUCCAGCCACUGCGGAUGGCAUCGACCGAAGCGGACUCAUUCUUCGAUUUUGGUCUCGGAAACGAAAGCCCGGGUUCGCCGGCGGAAGAGUGCGAGUACACACGACUCAUCGAAACCACUUCGGUGACGCCGGCCGAAAUUGCCGCAACCGAAUCGGGAUACGUGUGCGCAUCGCCCUGCUCUACGCCCCAGGUCAGCCAGGAGCAGAUCAGUCCCUCGAGCCAGAGUUCCUCAGACUGUCAAUUCUACGACCCGGAAAGUUCGGAUCCGGAACAGCGAUCGGAUUUCUACGAUUGUAAUCCGUCUACGACAUCGGCGUCAUCGGCGCAAUCAACAAGCAGCACACACACUUCUACCUCAGGAAAAACGGUACCGACAGCGAUAAGCCCGAAACCGGAAAACGGUCACCUGCCCAGUGGGCUGGGAUUAGUAGUGAUAGAUAGUGACAGUUGCUCGGAAUCGUUACCACCGUCACAGUCCACCGAAUCGCGUGACUCCACCUACACAGGACUGAGCUCGAACAAUUCAAACAGCACCCUGCAAGACGUCACAAUGGAGGGAGAAGACGCGGUGACCUGCAGUAGCAAACCCGAAGUGCCCAGUAGUAGUAGUGCCAAUUGCCAGGAGGUGGCGAGACGUGAUGAGAUCGACGACGGGAAAGUAUUAGUAUCGAACGGACAUGCCAUAAUGCCACGAGUGACAAUAAUGAACGAAGAUAUGGAAGUUGAAACGCUCGAGCAAUCCCAGCCGUACACCAUAGAUGUGCUUAAGUUCAUCAACGGAAUUGCCGAGGAUGAACCAGAGGAUGAUGAUCUCAGUCCGAAGGUUGAGAUGGCUGACGUUGAGAAGAAGUUGCAAGAUUGCGCUGUUGUCCGGGAAGACGAAGAGGAAUGCCAAGAACAUAAAGCGAAAGCGGCGUCUUCUGGGGAUGAAGACGAAGAGUUUAGUCGGCCGCAAAGAAUUCGCAGAUGUUCGUCACUAAAGACGGGUAAAACACCUCCGGGAACUCCGGGGAGAAAGAAGAUCGUGCGGUUUGCAGACGUGCUGGGUUUGGACCUAGCCGAUGUGAAAACAUUCGUUGAUGAAGUUCCUAAGGUUCCAAAGUCUGCAUACGAGGAUCUGGAGAUUAACCUAGAACCGCAACAAGUUCCGCAAAUCAGCCUCGGGCCAAAGGCUGACCGGGUGUUGGUGCCACUGUUCCAGCAACCGGGCGCGUUGCCUUGCUUCCUCGACAGGGUACGCGAGAAACAGGUCAACCUCGAGAAUGCAGCCGUUACAGAUCCCUUAACGCUGACGAUCACCGGUACGGUGCGCGUGAGAAAUCUCGACUUCCACAAGUCGGUAUACGUGCGCUAUAGUACCGACAAUUGGCGCAGUUACGCUGACUUGCAGGCCAGCUACGUAGAUAACUCCUGCGAUGGUUUCUCGGACAAGUUUAGCUUCACUCUGUACGGCAACUCGGUCCAGAUAGGGCAACGUAUCGAAAUGGCGAUGCGCUUCCACUGUCGGGGACAACAGUUCUGGGACAAUAACUACGAUACGAAUUACGUUUUCCAGUGUUUGCCUGUUACCCAGCAGAACCACUUCCCCCAGGCGGCGGUCAAACCAGCCAACCUCGAAGCAAUGCUUAGCCCGGAUGAUGCCUGGUGCAAGAGCUUCUACUAGAGAGUAAGCUGAUUUGGCUACGCACCUCCCUCCGAUGUUACCUCGCUCCGCCUUGAAAUAUUGGAAAUUAUAUCAACGAAUAGCAGGAACUCUCGUACUAACCAUUGUUGUUGAAUCAACGUUACGAAUGGCAAAAACGAUAGGCGGGAAGUAGCUCACGGCUUCUCAAUAUGUCACUACGUGUAUGCGAAGAGCAACAAUGUCGAACAAUGUUUUAGUGUGUAGUAAUAUUUUUAGUGAUCAUCAAUUUAUUUAUUAGCGAUUCUCCCAAACCCCACACCGACCCUUAGUAAUCCAUUCUAUCCUAUUUUAAAAAGUGUCUGUUUCUUUUCGCAAAAGUUCUGCCUGUCAAAUGAACGACUUCACAGAGAAUUCGAAGAGAAAUUUGCAUUGUCCUUUGCGAGGGGGAUAUUAUUAGGCAACUAGUGAGAGCUAUCAAAGGUUAGAGAAAUUUUAAAUUGUACAGAAAAGACUGGCAAAGUUGACGUCAAGCAAAACUCGGCCGGUGCCGGCCGAUCAAGAAAUUGUAAAUCAAGGUCUCGCAGAUUUUGCACGUAAGAAAAGUUUUAUUGGAUCCUACUGUAAGGCAAAAUAAACACUUAUACUUCGAGCAUGUGGUAGGUGUGUAUGUAUAUCAAACUAUUAUUCAAUCAGACAGCAUAAGGACAGCAAAAAGGAAAGCUGAAGGGCUUUACUAGAUGAGUAGAGCAGAGUGAAAAUGCAUGUUAAGUUUUAAUCUGUUACGUAAGAAUAUAAGUCCCACAUUUUAAAUACAUUGUUACGCAGGAUGUUCGUCAAAGAACGAAAGAGUACGAAACACUUUUAUUUUUCUGACCUUUCAUCCCCAAAAGUCAGUCACAUACAACUGAACAGCAUAGCUUUAAAAAAUAAAAGGAUGCGUUAAGCAGAGUUGUUUUACUCAUUUGUUGUCUACUAGCCAGGUAGUGCAAUUUUAAUCAUUCAAUCAACGUGGAAACUUCAACUUCACACUCGCACAUGAGACACAUGAGUCGAUACAAAAACAAAAAAAACACGAGACAGCAAAAGUGCAACAGGAAUAUAACGAACGGCAAAGCCAUGGAAAUAAGUUAAGAUUUUUAGAAAAGGAAAGCGAAUAUGAGUAUAUUUAGAGCAAAAACAUAAACACAUGUAUAAUAACAAAGUUUAUCCAAAGAUUAUAGAAUAAAGAAAUGUUUG